GUCGCCGUGGCCGCUCGCUCGGUGCGGUCAGUCGGACCUCGGCGACGGGCGCGGCCGUGCCUGUGCGGGCCGCUCUGGUGUAACCGCCCCGACAGGCGCACACAGCCCUGAGGCUCCUAUGGCAGUGGGCGUGCGUUUUUAGCUCCGAGAUUGCUCGCGGUGCGGCUGUACAGGAACUGAGACUAUCAUUUUGCGAUGUCAGCGAGGCCAAUGAAAGAGACCAAAGCCUGAGGGAAGUGGAUCUGGAUUAGAGGAUCACCCCAAACACCUUUCUGCUGUUCCGGUGGUCAUGUGCACUGACUGUGUGCCCGACAUGACCUGACCUGACCUGAGCCGGUUGGAUGCUGGAGGAUUACGUUGGGGACCUGACCUGACGCGAGGUCACAGGUCACCAGACGAUGGUGUGCCGCUGGCCGUGGUCUCAAUGGCCUGUGGUGGCCACUCUUCUUCUGGUGUGGUCACAAUCUGCAUUGUUCGUGGGCUGCGCUGCCGGACCGAGCACGCCAUGGCACGACCACACCAGCCGAGGACCUUACUUUGACCGCACCAUGACCAACAACGUGUCGACGACCAUCGGCCGGACGGUGCUGCUGCGCUGCAGGAUAUUCCAGCUCGACGGCCAGGCGGUAUCGUGGAUCAGAAAACAGGACCUACACAUUCUCACACUGGGAGCCUACAGUUAUACAACCGAUGACAGAUUCAAGGUGCUGCACGAGCCCGGCGGUCACGACUUCCACCUCCAGAUCAGCGGGGUUCAGACGAGCGACGACGGAGUGUAUGAGUGCCAGAUCAACACCGAGCCCAAACGCUUCUGGCCCGUCACACUGCACGUACAAGCGGCGCACGCCAAGAUCAUCGGCGCCUCGGACCGGUACGUGCAGCUCAACAGUAACAUCCAGCUGCGCUGCGAGCUGCGCGUGCUGGCUGACCCGCCGGUCACCCUGGGCUGGAGCAAGGGCUCGGCCGCCGUGGACGUGAGCUCGCCGCGCGCCGGCCUCAGCAUUCAGACGGAGCGCGGCGGGCACGGCACCACCAGCUUCCUGGUGAUCGCGCGCGCCAGACAGCGCGACUCGGGAACCUACACCUGCCAGCCCAGCGAGGGACAGUCCGCCACCGUGCGUGUGCACGUGCUCGAUGACGAUCACCCGGCAGCGAUGCAGACUGCCGGCGGCGGUCGGCUGAGGCCGGACCUCCCGCUGGCGACAGCUCUGCUGAUGACGUCACUGGUACCACUGAUGACGUCACUGGUCAUACUGGCCUGUCGGCGGGAUAACCGGUGACCUGGAACCGACACGGGCGGCACAGACUCGAGGGGACGUUCGCAGAGGUGCGGUGGUGCCCGCUCAACUGCGUGAGCGGCAUUCUCGAGAGGCAGAGACUUGUGCGCGAGUAUGCUUGAGAAAUGGAGACUUGUGCGUGAGUACGCUCGAGGAAUGGAAACUCUUGCGCUCAAUAGGCGAGAGACUUGCUCGCGGUGUGGAGCGCCGGUGGAGCAGCUGUGAUGUGAGAGGUGAGAUGCAGUGAUUAUCAGUAUUAGUCGCCCGGAGCGCGGAGCGGCGUGUCCUCAGUCGUCGUUUGUGAAACUGACGUAGUGACCUGAUUGGCGGCUUCUGAGCCUGGACGACACAGUGGCUGUCUGACUUUGAAACUGUGUUUGGUUGAAUGGAUGAUGGUCGGGGGUGGCGCUAUAAAAUGUCCCUCCGUGCAGCUGUUGUGUCCCGGUGUUACCUGCGGAUGAAAAUGAUCCCCGCUCGAAGGCCGGAUGAGGGCUUACCAUUAUCGGUCCGGCAAAGCGUUGAUGUGUGAGAUUGCCAUGUCGUGGCCAUGGUAUUUUGUACAGAUGCUCUCAUAAAAGUACACUAAACGUCAAAUUUGAACGGGCUAACAAAUUCACAUAAAGGGCAUCGUCCAAAUUUAGGUUCUAAGUUAAGAUAUCGUUGAAAUUUCACUUUUCAAAUCGUUGAAAGCUCACUUUUGAGACAAAGAGCAAGGUCAAUCAUAUCGUAGAAAGCAGUCAUGAACUGUGCACCAAAUGACCAGCUUACGUGAAAUGUGAAAACAUUCUGGUAAACUAUGGCCUCAUCAAUGGUAUUUCCAGAACUCAAAGCAAUACCCGGCCUUUACGCAAGGUCCCUUUGCGCAUAUGCAUAAACAUUGUAUCGCGAUUGAAUGUCUGAAAUGGCUGAAAGGUAUAGUCUGAUGAUAUCGUGAGCAUGUCUCAUUAAAAUAUCUGACAAUAAAGUGAGUUACGGUUUCGA